GCCGCCCCCAAACGCCGUCUUCCCCCAUGGCGGCAGCGGCCGCGGGGGCGGGCGGAGGCGGUUCGGCGGCGCUGGGCGACAGCGGGGCCAUCGACUACUCGGUGCACGAGGCCUGGAACGAAGCCACCAACGUGUACCUGCUGGUGGUGCUAGCCAGCCUCGCCCUGCUCGUCUAUGCGCGGCGGAACAAGAGGAGGAUCCUGCGCAUCUUCACUCUGCCCCCUGCAGCCGAGACGCCGCCCGAGCCCAACUUCUACAACAGCAUGAAGAAGAUCCGCCUGCGGCAGCAGCUGGAAAUGUACUCCAUCGCAAGGAAGUAUGAGCAGCAGCAGCAGCCACCGAAACAGACUGAAAGCGUACAGCUGUCAGUGGAGUAAAGCCUACAGCUGUAGGAACUCGGGACAUAUUUCCAGAGCUGACGAUGCUAGUUGGUGUGGCGCUAUUUUCACUGCCUCUUAAUCAAUGCAAGGGGGAAAAGAAAGGGGUAGAGUACUCAAAGCUCUGCUCUUGGUAGCUUUUCUCUGAGCCUCAUGAAGUGAACAGAAUGCCUUCUGAACAAGAGUACCCGGCGCAGGACAGAGCUGCUCAGAGAAACCUCUGAGGUCAGAGAGGUGCAGUCUUGUGUUUUAAAUGAUUUCUCACUGUCAGCACCUUGGAAAUCGGCUCCACCAACGGUACUGUAUAGGAAGUAAGGCAGUUCCGGACUGCCAGGAAUCUGCCUGGUUCCUCAGUCAAGCGGGGCUGAAAUUCCUUAAUGUGUUCAGUAAAUGUGGGUGAGGAUGCUGGCCUCAGUGCCCAGUGUGGGCGGGCAGGUCCGAGAGCCAUGGCCACAGCACUGGCUGUAGUGCAGGAACAUUGUGGUCUUCGUGUCAGUUUGUACGCAUUAUUGUGAACCUUUCCUGGAGAAAUUCUGAAGUACACAGGGAGCUGGGGGUCUAGGUAACGCUUGUAACAAGUACUGUAAUGCUGUAGCAACAGGAGUUAGCUACAUUUGUCCAAUUGGUUUUAGAACAGAUUGUAAAUAUUUGUGUAAACAGAACCGGUACCAAAAAGUAUGGUUUGCCCUGAAGAGACAUCCCACCCUAACUUUUUUUUUUUUAAUUCCCCACUGUAGAUCAUUAAAUUGGUUAAUUUAAAGAAUACUUCAGAAAUGACUUUCUAAUUAAAGCAUCUAACCAUGAAAACUA